CUUUGAGCAAGCUGCUUACCACACCAAACUGUCUUUCUCCGGAGACAUUGUGGCAGUUUAACGAUGGAUUCUGCCGAGCCGUUGAUCGAGGUCGUAGGUGAAAAAUUAAGGAGGGCUUCUCAAUUAUGGCUUGAAGGUUUUAUUGAUGCUUGUUGUCUUCACCGUAUUAUCAUCCUCUGUCGCAGGUCGAAAAAGCUUUUGAUCCGGACGGGUCAGUGUUUUUUAUUAAAUGGGUUAAUCUUCUUAGGAAGUCUUUUGAUGCUAAACUCAGUUAUCAUCCCAACUCUACAAUGGAUAUUACCUGAUCAGCAAUCAGUGAUUAAUUCUCACAAGUUGAGCGCACUUGGUGCUACUUUAAAAUUAUAUUCCUUCUUACGUCUUGGACUGAUACAACUUUUUUAUUUGUUUUGGUUUUAUCCAAUGUACAUUUUCAGCUUCAUUUUGAGCAAUAUCUGGUAUAAUGAUAUUGCUAAACAUGGGUUUGCUGCAAUGGGACAAUCUGAGCCAACAGCAGCGAACCCUUCAAGACAAAAUGAAGGGUCUUUCAAUACUGCUCAAACUGGAAAAUCAAUUGGAUUGGGGAGGGUUGUAAUAGGAAUAGGAGAGCAGCUAUAUUCUUUACUUCUGAUCAACUCCUUCUUCCUUGAGGUCUACGCUACUGGUUUCUUGCCUUUAGUGGGAAAGACACUCAAUUUUCUGCUUCUUUCUUGGAUGUAUGCCUACUAUUGUUUUGAGUACAAGUGGAACCUUUCAGAUGUGAGUCUUGAUAGGAGGUUGGACUUUUUCGAGUCUAACUGGGCUUUUUUUGCUGGUUUUGGUAGUCCUUGCGUUCUUGCUAUAUUUUUCUUCUCACCACUUGUGAGCUAUGGAGUAAUGGCUAUCUUAUUUCCACUGUUUGUUCUGACAGCCACAGGCUCAGUUGCCGAGCAGGAUAUUUAUUCACAAAGAGCAACUUGGAAAUGUGCAGGACUGGGGAGGCUUCCAAUUUUCUAUGCUGCAAAUACAUUGUCGAUGAAGCUCUUGACUCUCUUCCCCCACGAAUCACAAGAAAAGAUGCAGCAAAACAAAGAUCUAUAACGAGCCUUGGAAUCUGGGUCAAUACACAUACAUUUUAUGAACAAACUCAAGUGGCUAAAAGCCAGAAGCUACAAUCCCUCUUAUCCAUACAAAACAAUACAAUAGGCGAAAACAAACCAUAGUUCAAUGCGUAGCCACAGUUCAGAAGAUUGGUUGCUGUGUAAAAUAUCAAAUAGGUGACAAACGAUUGGUACAUUGCAAUGCACGGGACGGAUAGAUAAGAAUCUGUGAUGCUGAAUGAUAAUAUUGGUUUGGAAAUCUAUCCACUCUUUUGCUGUAACCUUGUUAAAUUAUGUACAUAAUCUAUUUUUACUAGAAAGAUGGUUCCAACUCUUUGUUUCACUUGUGUAAAUAUAAUGAUUAAGAAUGGAAUACUUAUAAGUUGGUAAUGAGAAGAAGCUAUAUUGAUUCUGGGCAUAA